AUGCCGCCGAAGAAAGAAAAGGGUUGGAGACAAGCACUCGAUUCCUUUGGCAAAUCCAAAGGAGUAGGACGGCCCUCCGAUGUUGUAUCCGACGACGCUGCCUAUGUCGCUUUUCUUGUCGCUUUUCAUGACGUCAAGAAGAAAAUGAUCAAUUCACUUUGUGGAACUCUCAAGAGUGAGAACAACUCUAGAACCAAACACCAACCCACUUCUUCAAAUGACUCAGUUUUGCAAUCAAAGAAAAAUGCCACUCAAUCCUCUGGUGAUCUAGACCAAACUAGCCUAACCCCACCCAGCUUAAACCUUCCUGCACUCAAAUUUGACUUGGAUGGAGAUGUGGAAGUUCAGUCACCAGAUAGUUCAAUGUGGGAAUCCUUUUUCGCUGACCACUUAGAUGCUGAUUUCAUGAUCUCUUCCCCGGUGAGGAACGUCCCCUCCCCACAUGCCUCUUCCUACAAUUGCAACUAUAGCUAUGCUCAGGGAAUGCAAGGUCAGAGUCUAUCAGGGUGUUCCCCACCAAGGUUUUCUUCAUCCCAUGUUGGAGCCUUCAACAGCAGCCACAAAGGGAAAGGACUUAGUCCUCUCCACAGGGUGUUCAACUCACCAAACAAUCAGUACAUGCAGCAUGUUGAAAACCUUUCACUUCCUGCAAUAGAAGAGUUCUUGGAGGACUAUCAAGGGUAUUCAUCAACCAAGGUUUCUUCUGAUAUUGCAAGUUCAUCUGAAUGCUUUGACUUGUCUACUCAAAUCCCAUCAUCCAUAUUGGAUAGCUUGACACUGCCCAAUUCCUCAAGGUACCAUGGAUCAGUCGAUGAAGAAUCCUCAGUGCACGGUGGUGGCUCUUCCCAACUGUCCCAAGAGAGUGACAUCUAUCAUCAGAUGGGGUCCAUGGCUAGUGCAUCCCUCUCACAGGCUCUACAACAAGAACGCUACCAAGAGAAACGGCAAAAGCAGCAAGCACAACAACUACAGCAACAACAGCGCCAGCAAGAGAAUCUGAUGGUGCCUAUUCCAAUCGGAAUCGAGCAGGAUCAAGACAGCGGGCUUCAACUGGUGCACCUGCUUCUGGCAUGUGCAGAGGCAGUGGCCAAAGAGGAAUACAUGCUAGCAAGAAGGUACCUUCACCACCUAAACCGAGUCGUUACCCCCUUAGGCGAUUCCAUGCAGCGUGUCGCGGCGUGCUUCACCGACUCGCUCAGCGCCAGGCUCAACGCCACCCUCACCGCGAAACCCUCCAAACAACUCACCCCCUCAAACUCCAUGGAAGUCCUCAAAAUCUACCAGAUCGUGUACCAGGCUUGCCCCUACGUCAAGUUCGCUCAUUUCACCGCCAACCAGGCCAUCUUCGAAGCUUUCGAGACGGAAGAGCGCGUCCACAUCAUCGACCUCGACAUUCUCCAGGGCUACCAGUGGCCCGCCUUCAUGCAGGCCCUCGCAGCCCGCCCCGCCGCCGCCCCAUUCCUCCGCAUCACCGGCGUCGGCCCCUGCCUCGACGCCGUCCGCGAAACUGGCCGCUGCCUGACCGAGCUCGCCCACUCCCUCCGCAUCCCCUUCGAAUUCCACGCCGUCGGAGAACAGCUCGAGGAUCUCAAACCCAACAUGCUGCACCGCCGUGUCGGGGAGGCCCUCGCGGUUAACUCCGUCAAUCGCCUCCACCGCGUCCCUGGGAACCACCUUGGGAACCUUCUCACCAUGAUACGCGACCAGGCGCCGAACAUAGUGACCCUAGUGGAGCAAGAGGCGAGCCACAACGGACCCUACUUUCUGGGGCGGUUUCUCGAGGCGUUGCACUACUACUCGGCAAUCUUCGACUCGCUGGACGCGACGUUUCCGGCAGAAUCCGCGCAGCGGGCGAAGGUGGAGCAGUACAUAUUUGCGCCGGAGAUACGGAACAUCGUGGCAUGCGAUGGGGCGGAGAGGUUUGAGCGGCAUGAGAGAUUGGAGAAGUGGCGGAAGAUUAUGGAGGGGAAGGGGUUCAAGGGGGUGGCGCUGAGUCCGAACGCGGUGACUCAGUCAAAGAUAUUGCUGGGGCUGUACUCUUGUGACGGGUAUAGAUUGACGGAGGAUAAGGGGUGCUUGUUGCUUGGGUGGCAAGAUAGGGCCAUCGUUGCUGCUUCUGCAUGGCGGUGUUGA